CACUUUUUAUAUUUAUAUCUAUGAUAACACACCCAAAAAGCAAACAAAUAGAGAAAUUCCAACAAAUAAAACGAAGAAAAAACGUGUGCUACUCUGAACAAAAAUUCCCAAUUAUAGGGAACAGAGAAAAAAAGUUACGUGAAAUAAAAACUGCAAAAAGGAAAUGGGACGAGCGUCUCGUCACCACAUCACAAUCACUCAACGUGUGCAUUCAAGUGUCGUUUUUUUAUGUCUACUAUUAGUUUGUGGUGUAACAAUUCAACAACGAUAAAUGUUUAACAAAUCACGAGAAAAAAUCGACCAAAGAAUUGUCCAUUGUUCAUCAUCCAAAAAAACCAAAAGAAAAACAAAAAAAAUCGAAUAAAAAACAAAACGAAAUAUUUAAGAAGAAAAUUCAAUGAAAAAACCUGCUAAAAAGUACAUUCGACGUCGACGACAGCACCAGCAAACGCAACGUGAAUAUGUAAAAAGAAUUAAGAAAGAUAGUAAAAAAGAGAAACGAAACGAAAAGUAAUCCAGCAAAGCAAAAUUGAAAGAGAAAAGAAGAAAAAUUUAUAGCACACUCACACACACAUUCGCAGAGCGUAUAAAACAAAGCACACACAUUCAAACCACUUGAAAGAGAAGAACGUGACAUAAAGGAAAUAUCAAAUAUUGAAACAAAUCGAAGAAAACACGAACCAAUAACAACAAGCAAGAAUAUUAAAUCAUUUGCAUUGCAAAAGAAAAAGAAACGAAAAGAGUUUUUUUUUUAAGAACACGCAACAAAGGAAAAAUUUUUUUAAAUCAAAGUUUUGUGUUUGCUGCAGUGUAAAAAAGAUAAUUUUUUAUAAGGCGAAGCAAAAUACAAAAGAAAUUGAGAAAUUGCAAAUUUUCAUAAUUUUGUUGUGAGAGAAGAGAUACUCGUGUGUGUGUGCGUGUUUUAAUUCGGCGAAGAAGUAGAAUACGGAAAAUUUUUUAUAGAGGAAUAAGAAGAAGAGAAAUCUGAGUUCAACAGAAGAAAGAAGUUGGUGGUAAAACUACAACAGCUCGACUGCACAUUUGUUACCGUUACUUUCAUUGCAAUCUUCUGUGCUCUAUUCUCCUUGUCCUCUCUGUAUUCGUUUUUGCCUCCUCCCCCCACAAAAAAAACCCAACACAAACGCGCAACAAAUCGAGACCUACAAUACUGCUGCGAAUAAUUCCUGCAGUCUAAGCAAGAAAAGAGAGACCUACAACACCAACACCACACACAUCCAAAACUAAGAAACCAAAAAGGAAGCGGUUAAACGUGGCAGAAAAUAAAAAAAAAAACUAAUGAAUUGAAUUUAAUUGAAAAUAAAAUAUAAUCGAAAAUACAAAACUGUAACGAAAUUUAAACACCAAAACCCAAUCAGCGAGAAAAUAACAAAAACAAAAAAAAAUCAUAAACCGAAACAGCCCGUCUAUAACACCAAACGAACCACGACGACGGAUAAGCGUUGUGUGAGAAAAUAUUGAAAAGACUAUUGCUACCAUGCAAAUACAGAGUACAAAUGAGUCUUUGAAAGAUCCUCCUAUGUACCCACAUUCGGGAGGGGGUGGGAAGGGAAUACGCCCAAAUCAACACAGCCAACAGCAACAGCAGCAGGGACAGCAGCAUCAUCAUCAGCAACAUCACCAGUCACACCAUCAGACGCCGCAUCAACAACACCAGCAGCAACAAGUACAGUUACAAGCGGGCUCCUUGCAUCACAGUAACCAGCCGUCGUCGCAAUCAUCUGGCAAUUCCCACCCUCACUCCCAUCAACAACAAACAGCGGCGCCACAUCAACAAACGUAUUCAGUGCCGCUCGCCUAUUACCCCUAUAUAACUUCACAGGCGCCUCUAACGUCCGCCCAACACCAUCCAGGUCAAAAUGCAAGUAGUAAUGUUGGCGGAGCACAACUGGCACCAUCGCCGCCUACGCACACUGGCGGCAAUGGGUCACAGGGGAGUAGCGGAGGUGGUGGUGGCGCCGGUGGGGCUGUUGCAAAUAAUACAACAGGCAAUGCCAAUACCAAUGCUGGAAGUGGGGGUGGCGGUAGGCAAGGGCAGGGUACACAAAAUACCAUAUCGCACUUUACGUCAGGCGCCGCCAUUAUUCAAACGAAUCUGCAAGCACCCGCGGGUAAUGCAUACAUGACGCAACCCUAUCAGUUGCAGUUACCUCAGCACAAUACGACGCAACUUAUGUUGUUCAAUAGUACACUGAACGCGGCAGCGGCCGCUGCUGUAGGUCAACACGGCAAUCCUUCAGGAGGGCAAACAGCACCUAUGUACCAAACUCCAGCGCAACCACAGACUACGGCUGCUCAUCAAGCUACCCUUCAUAAUACCCAACAGACAGUACACUACUUUCAGAAUCCUCAGGUGGCUGCACCGGCUCCUACGCCCAUGUUACACCCGCACCAUUUGAGACAUAGUGGAUUAUUGCAAAAUCCACGUCCGUACUAUUUGAUACCACAACAAAUGCAACCCAGGCUGGGCAAUAGCCACCAACAACCGACGGCGGCAAAUGCCAACUCGACGGUGCAACUAACUACACAUCUUCCGAAUACGGGUCCUAGGGGUCCAACCGCUGGUACCGCGAAUUACGUACCAUCUCCGUUCUGUAUUCCUCCACAAAUACCUAACACGCCUCUGGGGUCGCAACAGCCAACGCUGUUGACGGCAAACUUGGGAGCGACGCAAUUGCAAAAUGCCUACGGUCAUGUGCCAGGCGCAACCAGUGGUUCGACACCUUCCUCGUCACUUAAUAUGACAGCCGGUGGUGGUGCCAUGGGCGCUGUAUCCUCAUCUUCGGUUAAUGAGCACACGGGCACAAAACCACGACGACAUGCUAUACCCAUUGUACACCCCAUUACUAAGGAAACGUUAACAUUCGAACCGCAAACAAAGAGCACUUCAUCCGCCUUGGAAAUCAAAGCACCAACCGAUAUAGAACAUAAACCGGCGAAAGCGACCACAGUGAUACUAACAGCACCACCUCCGACAACAGAGGCCGCUGCGAAAAAUACUGACAAAUCUGUAGCUGCGACGACGACGAAGGCAACGACGACGACGUCUGCAGAAAUAGUAACACAACAACCUUUGACAGCAUCUACAGCCAAUGAUAACCCCAUUGUUGUGGGUGGUGGAGGCACGGAUAAAACAGAUCAACAAAUGCAAACCGAGGCAUGUCCCGCCGAAAAAUCAACUCCUGACAUUGUAGCACAACCAACUGUUGACUCGGCAGCAAUACCACCCGAGGAAAACGACGACACCGAUGCAGAUACCCCCGAAUUAGAACAUGAUGAUGAAACGCAUUUGGAUAGAGGACAACAAACCCGCUCAGCAAAUAUUGGCGAAAACAUAACAAAAGGUAGUGGUGGUGUUUUUGUUGUUGGCGGAGACCGUCACGAUCAGCACGUAGUAAUCGACUCCGAUACAGAUCCAACUACAGAAACCGAUGUCAAAUCUAUGUCGCAACAGGAUGAUGACGCCGUUGUCAUCAAACACCAACAUCAGCAGCAAAGAGUCAAUAACAAUGAUCAACAACAGUUCGUUGAGGCUUCGCCACAGCCCCUAAUAACACAAAACGCCUCUAUUGGUGCCAAUAACAAACCAUCGAAUGGCAAGCAUCCAUACCAUCAGAACCCACAAGACAUGAUUCCAACUACAAGUACACCUGCGGCUGAAACCGCUGCUGCAGUGGAGAAACCAAUCGAAGAUUCCCACAAUAAUCUAACAGAAGACUCCUCUAAAACUAUGCAGAAGAAGGAAGCUGCUGCUGUCACAACGGCGGCCACCGCCGAGGAAGGCAGCCACCAUAAUAUGCCUACCACAAAUAAAGAACUAAAAUCAUCAUCCAGCAAAGAACAAGGUAAAUCCUCGGCUGCAACGAAUACCAAUAAAAUGGGAGCCAAUACAACUACCACACCAUCAUCCAUGGGUAAUGUAAACAAUAAUAAGAAACAACAACAAGCCAUUUCUACGGAUGCUGCCUCUAAACCAACUAAUAGCAGUAGUAGUACAACCGAUGCUAAAGCUGGAGCAUCAUCUGCUCAGCCAGCUUCGGCCGCCCAGGCGUCUGCCGCAGCAGUGGCUAAUGAUGAUUCCUUUAUAACUGUUAGCAAUCGCAAACAUCGUAAGACUGGCAAGCAACAACAACAACAACAGCAGCAGCAGCAACAACAACAACAUCAGCUGUCACGUGCUAAUUCUACGUCCGCGCAACAUCAACAGCAGCAGCAACAACAACGUACCAAAGAUAAUCAAAAGAAGCCCCAGCAGCAACAACAACAACAACAGCAACAACGGCAGCAGCAACAUGAACGCAGCAAUUCAACGGCCUCAAAUGCCAGCACCAAUAAUAAAUCCCAUAACAACAACAAUAACAACAAUAGUAGAAAUGUCACUGCUACAGCAGCUGCUGCUGCAUCAGCAGCAGCAUCAUCGCCAACAUCAAAUGCCCACUUGACUGAUAUUCACAAUGCAAAUAGUUCAAUUUCAUCCAAUGCCAAUGGCAACAAUACUAAACAGCAGCAACAACAACAAUCACAAAAACAACAACCGGCACAUACUAAAGAACAGCACACAUCUAGUUCCAAUAACAAUAAUGUUAAUGCAGAAUCAACAACUGCCAAGGGAGGAGUAGUAGCUGCGGCCGAUACUAAAGAUAUUGAAAAUAACGGCAAACAUGUUAAAUCGCAAGAAAUUGUUGAUCAAUUCUUACAACAACAAACUUUGAAGUCAUCGACAGCACCCGUAAGUGGUGAAGUCUUAGCCGCCAAAUCUAUAUCGGAUGAACAGCAAAUACAAUUCCUUAAUAGUUCCUCGUCAGCCUGCGAAGAAGAAGAGGAGAAACUUCGUCAGCAGCAACAAAAGCCAUCACCAACGCCAGCACAGCCAACAACGCAGCAAAUUGGUAAUGCCGCCGCUUCUGCUGAAGCUGCUGCUGAUGGUGCCUUAAGGGAUGUUCAUUUUGGUGAUUUCAAAGAGGAUGAAAAAAUUAACGAAACCACCCCAACCAAUAGUAGUGCUGCGGGGGCCAAGUCAACAAACGAGCCCUCACCAGCCGCCAACACAUCAGUUGCGGGUGAGGCGGUGGAAGCCAAGAUCCCCGAUGCCGUGGACAAUGGCCGUAGUCAACCGCAUGGCAGACCCGCUAUUGCCCCAUUGCCUUCGAAGCCCAAUAAAGCUCUGCAUGUCACACCUACCAUACAGAAACACUCUAAGGGGGGCAAAAGCAGUUAUCGUUACAGUUUGAACGAACUGAAAUUGUUGGCCAAAUCCGAAGAAUCACAAAAACUUCCCUUGGUGCCUUGCGAAAAGGGUGGCUGCAUAGCUUCGCUAUUUGUCUCCCGAUCCAACAAUCAGCAAAAUAUGCAACAGCAACAAUACCAGCACAUGAACUUUAGCGAAUCCAUAGACUUUGUGCCUGGCAAACGUGUUGGCAACCGACCCCAAAGGAAACCCUAUGAUCAUCGCUCAUCUUGCGGCAAUAUUGCUGGGGCAGCUGGUGGACCCCCCGGCCAUGGUGGCGCCAUGAUUGGCUCUACCGGCGGCAGUAUCAGUGUUACAGGCCCUAGCGUCACCCGGCAUAUGAUUCGUGUGAAUCUCUCGCUUAACGAAGAGAUUAAACUGAAUGAAAGUGAGAAUGCUUGGCAACCGGAAACAUUGCGCAACAAACAGAUUGGCGGAUCAGCAGCAGGUGCCAUUGGCAAGGAAAGCGUUGAGUCGGUAUUGAAGAAAGUGCGUGGUGUGCUCAACAAAUUAACACCCGAAAACUUUGAUGUGCUGCUGAAGACAAUGGAGGCCAUUAAUCUGGACAACAAGGAGAAGAUGCAAGAAGUCAUGUUGUUGAUAUUCGAAAAGACUAUUAGUGAGCCGAACUUUGCUCCGACCUAUGCGAAAUUCUGCAAAGUGCUAUUCCAGGAAUUAAAGCCGGAAAGCAAGACGACCUUCAAUACGUCUCUGAUUAAGCGCAUUCAAAUUGAAUUCGAGACGAAUGUGAACAAUGCCGAUGCCAAGAAUGAAAAGCUGAAACCUCUGCUUGAUAAAUUGGAUGCAUGCACAGAUCCCAAGGAGCGUUUGGAAUUGCAGGCGGAACUGGAGGAUCAGGAGUAUCAAUUCCGUCGUCGUGCCUGGGGUACGGUGCGUUUCAUUGGUGAAAUGUACAAAUUGCAAUCGUUGACGGGCGAUCGUGUUAUGUUGUGCAUUGAAUCUCUCUUGGAGCAUGGCAGUGAGGAGAAACUGGAAUAUAUGUGUAAGUUGUUGACCACCGUGGGUCAUCUGUUGGAGACUAAAGUUGGUGCUGAGAAGACUGUUACUCGCAUGGAUAAGGUAUUCAAUAAGAUCAACGACAUCAUCAAGUCCAGCAGAUCCAACAAAAAUGCCAAUAGUCAACACAAAAUCAGCAGUCGUGUACGUUUUAUGAUGCAAGACGUGGUAGACCUGAGGGGUCGUCAAUGGGAUCAAUCUCCUUCAAGUGCGGCGCAAAGUGUCCCCGUUAGUUUGGGAGGUGGUGGUGGAAGUGGUGGUGGCAGCGUGAGCAGCAACAACAAUUCGCAACAUCAAAAUCGCCGUCGCAAUCAGGAUGACAAGAAUAACCGCAACAGCUAUGAUCGUGGUGGUAGCUCCCAACGUAUGGGAGGCGGUGGUGGUGGCGGCGGUGGUGGUUAUGGUAACAAUAACCAAGGACGCCGCAUGGACCGUGAUGGUUACUACAAUAAGAAUUCACAAAAAUCCAACUAUCAAGCCCAAGAUCAAAGUCUUGAUAUUAAGAAAUUGAACUUCUCUCGGGGCACGGAUUCCUCAGAAUCCAAUACAAAACUGGGCAACAGUUCUAUUUACAUGUGGCGUACUUCUUCGGGUCGACAAGCUGGAUCUUUGUUACAAAAUGCUAUAGCACCUCCUUUCGGUGGCAUGUCAGCAACUGGUUCAUAUAGUGGCCCGAGUAGCAACAACAUGAACAAUUCGAUGAACAAUGCCAUGAAGCGUAUUCCCAGCAAUCCUUUCCAUGCCUUAUCUACGCGAGACACCGACAAUGAUCGUCAUCAAAGUAGCGAUGUCGAAAGGCCUUCCGCUUCUCACACCUCGGACAGUGGUUCUGAAGGUUCGGACGAUGAUGAUAAAUCUGUGGUUAGCUACAAUGCCAAGGAGGUACGCAAGCUGAUAAAUGGCCUUGUGGAAGAGCACAUGAAUUGCAACAGUUACGCCUGGCAAAACGAGGUCUUAAAAAUAUGGCGUGCUUACACUCUGAAGCAACAUGCGGAAAUAGUACACUGCCUAUUGAUGGAUUAUUUACAUAUACGUGAUGUGACCAAAGAUCACAGAUCUGCUGCUGCCUCAAUAUUCAGCUAUUUGCUGAGGACAAAAGCAUUGGAUAAGAAAACAUUUGGCCGUUCCUAUGAUCAAUUUGCCGAAGAGUUCAGCGAUAUGCUGGUGGAUGUGCCCAAUGGCUGGACAUAUGUCUUUGAGUUUUUGGGUCCCUUACUGCAAGAACGUCACUUGACAUUUGCCGAUAUCUGGCGAUCAGACUGGAAGGAUGAUCGCAUUUUCACUCAACGUUUUGUGAAGGCAUUUAUUGUCCACUUUACCAAAGAAUUCGGUACGAAUUAUGUAAGGGAUUUGUGGCACAGAGACUUGAAAUUGGAUCGCGGCCAAAUAUUUAUGAGCGACUCAAAGCAAUGGCAAGAGUUCAUCAUCUCCCAAUCACUGCAAUACAUUUAUGAUGCUAGCGCUAAACCGCCCAGCGAUUAUACCAGCUGCAGCAGUGCAACAGUCGACAAGAAAGUCAAACGCUUAGAGCACCUCCUGAAAAUUGGGGGCAACAGCAAUUGCGAUGUAGCCAUAGAUUAUAUUAAAACUAAUGUAAAUAUUAAUGACGAAUUUUUAAGACAUUUUGCCCGUUUCCUCUGCUGUGAUUAUGCCACUGUGAUGACGUCCUCCUCCUCAAGUAGUAGUAGUAGUACAAAGAAGAGCACCAGCACCACAGAUUCAGGCAGCAACAGCGGCGGCGGCAGCAAUACGAAAAUACCCCAAGUAAAUGACGAACUCUUCCGCAAAAAUUGUGUGCCAAUGCUGCGCCUGUGCAUAGAUGCCCAGGAGAAAUAUGAAUUGGCAUGCCUUGAUGCCGUCUACGAUGCGAUACAACAAGACUAUUCUGACUAUGCUGUGGUCGAUGACAUAACAUGUUACAUCUUUGAACUACUCUACGAUUCCGAACUAAUAGCCAAGGAAUCACUGGACAAGUGGUACAGACAACGCCAGGCGGGCGAUAUGAAAUCCUCAACAUCCUCCUCCACCUCCUCAUCAUCAUCAGCGAAAGCAUCGCGUGGCGGUGGAGGUGGUGGUCAACACUUGAGUACUAAACUCCAGGUUUUCUUACAGAAACUGCUUUAACAACGUUGUUGCUAAUGAUGGAUGAAUCAUGAAAUCGCAUAAAAUAUAUACCACAUACACAAACACACACCAUAUACAUAUAUAUAUGAAUGAAGCAAAUAAUGAUGAAUGAUGAUUAUAUUAUGAUGCAUACACAUACUACAUAGCAACGACUACAGGAAAAGUCCCAAAUAGACUGCAACAAAACAAACAAAAACAAAUGCAAGAAAAAACAAAAAACAACAACAUAAGUUUAUCUAAUUUUUCUAAUUUAGUUCAAAAUGAAAAACAGCAAAAUCAAAAAAUUUACCACACCGACCGACACACACACACACACACAAUGUAAAACGAAGCAAAGGCAAAAACUGUAUGGAAUCGGUCGAAAUUAAAAAACAAAAAAAUUUAAAAAUAGUAAACUAUGUACGUAUAUGGAUAAUGUCACUCCCACUUCCAACUCAAAGACAGAUAGACACCACACCAUACCAUACCACAGACAUGUACUUCAGAGCAAACAAAGGCAGGAUCCUCAAGAAAAGUCAAAAACCCCUUAACGAGAUGAAGACUCCUAUACAUACAAGCUCCUUGCUUUACUACUCGUAUCCAACAACAACAACAACUUCAUCAUGCCGCAGACACACUUUGAUCAACAGCAAAAUUUCAAAAUUUCCAUAGAAAUAAAAAAAUUGGAAGUAAAAUAAAAUCGAUAUGAUGCAGCAA